CACUCUAACAUUCAAACCUGCAAAUACAACAAAAAUGCCUCUCAUCUCCAACUUCCAGCUCCCCGCCUCGGCGAACCUCCUUGCGGUCCCGGCCGACAAGAAACUAUUCCUUACCUUCGUGUCUUCCGCAGACCCAGCUACCGGACAAGCGUGGUGCCCGGAUGUCCGUGCCGCAUGGCCUAAGAUUGAAGAGGCGUUUUCGGGACAGGGUGGUCCCCAGGUUGGUGUGGUUGAGGUUGGACAGAAGCCUGAAUGGAAAGACCCACAGAACGCCUACCGGACAAGAUGGAGCGUGAACAACAUUCCUGCGCUGGUGCGGUAUGAGUCUGUUAAUGGAGAGGUUGUGGAGACGGGAAGGCUUGUCGAGGGGGAGAUUCUUGAUCAGGGGAAGUUGAGCGAGUUUAUUAGUUCGAGGUGAGGGAGCUGCAUGUGUAUUACAGGAUGAUGAUAUGAAACGUUUUAGACAGCGACGAUCUAUUUGAAUGUGUCUUGGUUGCGGUGAGGGUGUACGAUUGCAUGUCACGUGCCAUGUAUGGUCCUGGCUAGGAUAACGAGUACCCGGGUACCUGACCGGGAUAGCUCAGUUGAUGAGGUAUGAUGAUAGCAUUGGGUAUAAGCGGUAGAGUAAAGGAUUUUAAUCUGGCGAAUUCACGGAUAUUGAGUUCGGCACCGGUUUCUGAAGGAAAGUGUUGAUGCGCCCUGCCGCGAACAACACAAAUG